AUGGCCAAGGCAUCAGAGCCAGCCAGCGUGGAUUUCAGUAUCGGCACUGAUGAUCUGGAUGAGGGGAUUGAGUCCAGCACCAACAAAUUUUCAGAUGACACCAAGCUGGGUACAAGUGCAGAUCUGCUGGAGGGUAGGAGGGCUCUGCACAGGGCCCUGGACAGGCUGGAUCCAGGGCCCAAAUCCAACAAGGUCGCCAUCAAAAGGGUGCCUCGGAACUGCAUCUGGCAUUGGAGCGAGCUGCCCGACGGCACCAGCGCUCCCCUGGAGGUUGUGCUGCAGGACAAGGUGUCCACUGGCUUUCCCGGUGUCGUCCAGCUGCUGGAGUGGCUUGAGCUGCCCAGCGACAUUGUCAUGGUGCUGGAGCGGCCAGAGCACUCUCAGGACCUCCUGCAUUUCAUUCGGGCACGGGGGUUCCUGCAUGAGGAGGUGGCGCGGCAGCUGUUCCGGCAGGUGCUGGAGGCCGUGCGGCACUGCACCAGCUGCGGGGUCCUGCACCGCGAUAUCAAACCAGAGAACAUCCUGGUUGACCUGGCCACCGGGCAAGCCAAAUUGAUUGACUUUGGCUGUGGCACCUACCUGCAAGAGACAGCCUACACUCACUUUGCAGGAACACCAUCAUACAGCCCCCCGGAAUGGACCCGCUUUGGCUGGUACCAUGGCGAGCCAGCUACCAUCUGGUCCCUGGGCAUCCUGCUGCACGAGAUGGUCUGUGGGAAGAUGCCUUUCAGGAGGGGCUGGAACUUCAGCUGGGGCCAGCUCUCGCUGCCACAACGGCUCUCUCCAGAGUGCCAAAAUCUGAUUGGGUGGUGUUUAUCCAUGCACCCCUUGGCCAGACCCUCAUUAGAAGAGCUGUUCUGUCAUCCU